UCGCUGCUGCCUUCUUCUCAAGCGUUCUGUUCUGUUGGUGGUUUAAUGGAGCGACCGGUGUUGGUCUUCGUCGCGGCCCUGGGGCUGACUUUGACGGUUUCUGGUCUCGAGAACGGACUCGCCAGGACACCGCCUAUGGGAUGGCUCGCUUGGGAACGAUUCCAGUGCAACAUCGACUGCGCCCGUGAUCCCGAAAACUGCAUAAGCGAGCGGCUGUUCAAAGAGAUGGCGGAGAUCCUGGUGUCCGAAGGGUACAGGGAUGCUGGGUACGUGUACGUGAACAUCGACGACUGUUGGUCCACCUUCGACCGCGACGCCAACGGCCGCCUCCAGGCUGAUCCCAUCAGGUUCCCCAGCGGCAUCAAGCACCUCGCAGACUUCAUGCACGCCAGGGGGCUCAAGCUCGGCAUCUACGGAGACGUGGGCACCAACACGUGCGCCGGUUACCCGGGCAGUUACAGCCACCUGUACAUUGACGCCCAGACGUUCGCGGACUGGGACGUGGACAUGGUGAAAAUGGACGGAUGCAACCUCGACUUCCGGGACUUCGAGAGAGUCUACAGUGAAUUCGGGCAGGCAAUCAACAGGACCGGACGACCGAUGGUAUAUUCAUGCAGCUGGCCAGCAUACGAAGUGUUCAACGGAAUCACCCCCAACUACCCGAAGAUCGGCCAGCACUGCAAUCUCUGGAGGAACUACAUGGACAUCGCAGACACCUGGGUGAGCGUGGAGCACACCAUCGACUUCUACGCCUCCAUCCAGACCAUGCUGGCGGAGGCUGCCGCUCCGGGCCGCUGGAACGACCCUGACAUGCUCAUCAUCGGAAACUUCGGUUUGAGCUACGACCAGAGCAAAGCACAGAUGGCGCUGUGGGCCAUCCUGGCGGCACCACUACUUAUGUCCAACGACCUCCGCCGCAUGCGUCCCGAGUUCAAGCAGAUCCUGCUCAACAAGGACAUCAUCGCCGUCAACCAGGAUCCGCUCGGCAGGAUGGGACAGAAAGUGCAAGCGCAAAACGGCGUCGAAAUCUGGAGGCGACCCAUCACCCCCCUGGUGGCCAACAGUGCCUUCUCUUUCGCCCUGGUCGCCUUCAACCGCAACAUCAUGGGUGGUGCCAUCGACGUUCCUAUCCAACUCAAGAGCGUGGGCCUUCUACACGGUCCCGGCUACAGGGUGACCGAUCUCUUUGAGAGCAAGUUCCUGGGCGUCUUCCGUCCAGAGGACUACCUGGUGGUCAAGGUGAAUCCGAGUGGCGUCGCCAUGGUCAAGGCAGAGGCCAUCGGCCUCAACGUUCCAGCGGUGCCAUUGGGUCCCGUCGAUGUCCAACAACAGGCUUCUCCAGCUGGGGGACAGGCUGUUGGAAAUUUGGGAGUGAUUCAAGCGCUGCCGCAGCCGAGUCAGGUUCUGCAAGACAAUCCUGCCCAAAGGCCCGGUUUCCUGAUACGUACUGGGAGUCAGGGCUUCCGGCAGAGGCGAUCUAGCGAAACAAAGGGAGAAGACGCGCGAGACAAAUGACGUGGUUAAUUUCCCAUUGCCCACAACGUAGGACGCUUUAUAUGCCACGUUGUGGUCAAGACAUGUGUUUGUUUUGAUGCGUUACAGAGACCAUUUUUUCUUGUCGUGACAUAUUUUUUGUAGCUUGUUAGUAGCACUUUUUGAGUUAGUUCGAGAGAUGCCUAUAUUUUAUCUUUUAAUUAUAGAAGGUAAUCUAUGCUAGCCCAGGCUUUUGUCGCACCCGUUGCCAUUGUAAUUGUCGACGGAGAGGAAUAUUUAAGAAUCAUGUUGGUCGUUUCGCUGGGGCACAGGUCCUGCAGAUCGCCAGAGCGAGAUUUCGCAUGAAUUACUAAUCGAGGCAAUGUCGUUGUUUAGAUGAUUUAAAGGAAUCAUGGUUCUCGAUGUGUUAAGAAGGCACAUCAGUGUGCUUUCGACUUAACAGCGCAGUAACCGUGACUGUCACUUCAUUAAACACCUCAUUUACACAAAA